GCGCCUGUCCGGACCUCAUUUCUGUAUUCUCCAUGUCUAAGCAGCUGCAGUUCAAGCUUGUUCUUCUCGGCGAGUCUGCCGUUGGGAAAUCCAGCCUGGUGUUACGUUUCGUGAAGGAUCAGUUCGAUGACUACCGAGAGAGCACAAUUGGAGCUGCGUUCCUGACCCAAACGGUGACACUUGACGAUCAGACGACAGUCAAGUUCGAGAUAUGGGAUACCGCUGGGCAAGAACGAUACAAGUCCCUUGCUCCAAUGUACUACCGGAAUGCCAACUGCGCAGUGGUAGUCUAUGACAUCACUCAAGUAGCCUCUCUCGAGAAGGCGAAGUCCUGGAUUCGCGAACUACAGCGUCAAGCUGAUCCAUCAAUAGUCAUUGCGCUCUGCGGAAACAAGGCUGACCUUGCUGCUCGUCGCCAAGUCACACAGGAAGAGGCGCAGAAGUAUGCAGAAGAGGAAGGCCUGAUGUGGGCUGAGACUAGUGCGAAGACUGGCGAGGGUGUGCAGGAGAUCUUCACUGCGAUUGCCAAGAAGCUUCCGCAGACUGCUCCUGCGGCUGCAAGAGGUGGCAGGUCCGGCUCCUCAGCAAGAGCAGGAGUCGAUCUCAAUAAGCAAGCGGGUGCAGUAACUGGGCAGAACGAGCCAUGCAAUUGCUGAGCGCCUUUGCUCUUACCUCGCAACAGGCGCAACGUCCUGUGCAUGCCUCUCCUCAUGCUUAUGGAUUAGGCGCCUUCAUAUGUUUGUGAUUCCCUCAGCGUGUUGUCUGCUUUGCUAGAGGCUCUUCUUUCAUCCUUUCUCAUCUCUCACUUUCUGUACUAUAUGUGGUGUCCUGACAUCCUCAGUAAUAUAUGGACUUCCGUGUACUGCAAUACAUCGUCCCUUCCAGCCAUUACAGAGAAUCAGGCCAUGACAGCAUGUGCACGUGGAUAACAAAAGAGGCAUGCCUGCAAGCCGCGUUCGUGCACGAUAUGGCGAUGCAAUGGAUAUCAGAAAAGUCCUUUGAAGCUGCUGUUGACAGAAACAACCCAAGAAGCAGAGAUAAAUUACACACACAGUCCAGAGUAGAGCCACUCCUCUUCUGCAAUACCCCGCCUCUCCGACCCGCCCCAAGUCGUGAGAAUUCGGAGUUUAGGCAAGCUCGUCUCGCAUC